AUGGCCCUUUUUAAGGCCGCAGGAUUUGCAGGCGCGGGACUUGCUGGCGCGGGACAGACUGCUGCUGGACAAGCUUUUGCAAAACAAGCUACCGCCGGACUCGCUGGUGCAGGACUUGCUGGCGCUAGACUUGUUAGUGCAGGACAAGUUGCUGCUGUACAAGCUGCCGCUAGACAAGCCGCUGCUGGACAAGUUGGUGCAGGACUAGUUGGUGCAAGCCUUGCUGGAGCUGGACUUACUGGUGCAGGACAAGGUUUCAUGGGUCAAGCUGCCAUGGGACACGCUGGCGCGGGACUUGCAGGCGUAGGAUUUGUUGGCGCUGGACUUACUGGUGCACAAGCUGUCGCUAAACAAGCUGCUGCUGGACAAGCUAGUGCAAGAUUCGCUGACGCAGGACUCGCUGGUGCAGGACUUGCUGGAGCAGGACUCGUUGGUACCAGACUUGCUGGUGCAGGACAGAGCUUUAUGGGUCAAGCUGCUAUGGGACAAGCUGGUGCAGAAUUCGGUGGCGCAGAACUUGUUGGAGCUGGUCUUGCUGGAGCGGGACUCGCUGGUGCAGGACUUGCUGGUGCAGGACAGGGCUUCAUGGGUCAAGCUGCCAUGAGACAAACUGGUAUAGGACUUGCUGGAACGGGACUCGCUAGUGCAGGAUUCGUUAGUGCAGGACUCGCUGGCGCGGAAUUCGCUGGACAGACUGCCGCAGGACAGGCAACUGCUGCACAAGCUGCCGCUACACAGGAUGCCUUUGGGCAGGCUGGCGCAGGAUUUGCUGGUGUGGGAAUCACUGGUGCAGGACUCGCUGGCGCGGGAUUUGCUGGACAGGUUGCUGCUGCACAAACUGCCGCUAGACAAGCUGCCGCUGCACAGGGUAACUUUGGGCAGGCUGGCGCAGGAUUUGCUGGUGCGGGACUCGCUGGUGCAAGACUUGCUAGCGCGGGAUUUGCUGGACAGGCUGCUGCUGCACAAGCUGCCGCUAGACAAGCUGCCGCUGCACAGGCUGCUGCUGCACAAGCUGCCGCUAGACAAGCUGCUACUGCACAAAGUACUUUUGGGCAGGUUGGCGCAGGAUUUGCUGAUGCGGGACUCGCUGGUGCAGGACUUGCUGGCGCGGAAUUUGCUGAACAGGCUGCUGUUGCACAAGCUGCCACUGCACAAGCUGCUUUUGGACAGGCUGGCGCAGGAUUAGCUGGUGCAGGACUUGCUGGUGCGGGACUCGCUAACGCAGGAUUCUCUGGACAGACUGCCGCGAGACAAGCUGCUGCUGUACAAGCUGCCGCUAGACAAACUGCCGCUGCACAGGCUGCCUUUAGACAAGCUGGCGCAGGAUUCGCUGGCGCAAGAUUUGCUGGCGCAGGACUCGCUAACGCGGAAUUCGCUAAACAGGCUGCUGCUGCACAAGCUGCCGCUAGACAAGCUGCUGCACAAGCUGCCGCUAGACAAGCUGCUGCUUUACAUGCUGCCGCUGGACAGAGCUUCAUGGGAGUAGCUGCCGCUAGACAAGCUGCUGCUGGGCAGACUUUUACGGGACAUGCGCAAUUUAUGAGACUUGCUGGCGCUGGUCAAGCUGUUGCUGGAAGAGCUGUAGCAUUUAGAAUGACUUUCUAA